AGUCACGGAACGUCGUAGCACGUGUGAAUUUAGGAAUUUUUACUUUUUGCAGUAGUUUAUUAAAUUUACUAACGCUUCAUAAGUUUUAGCAGUAAAAUUAACAAGAAAAAGUUAAAUUUGUCAUAAGGUUAAAUAUGGGUAAAGCUAAAAAACUGAAACCUUCCCAAAUCGGGAAAAAUGUUGCGCUCGCUGAUCAAAUAGAGGCUAAUAAUGCUGUGAAGAAUAAAAAUAGGAUGAAAGAAAGGAGCAGGCAUGAUGACGACGAGGAGUUUAUUAAUGCAGACUUAUCCAAAAAAAUUCUUAAAGCUGCCAGGAGACAGCAAGCAGAAUUGGAUGAAGGUGAAGCGGGACCUUCACCUGCUAAACAUGUGCAGUUGCCUGCAACUUACAAUGAUGCUGAGUCUGACGACAACUCUGGGUCUGAUCAUGACGAUCUUGAACCUGAUGCAUACUAUGACAACAUUGAAAUAAAUGAAGACGAUGAGGAAGCCUUGAGAAUGUUUAUGUCCUCCAAACCAGAUAGGACUCGCACACUUGCUGAUAUUAUAAAAGACAAAAUCACAGAUAAACACACAGAAUUACAAACCCAAUUUUCUGACAUAGAAACCUUGAAAUUACAAAAUAUUGAUCCCAGGAUAAAAACUAUGUAUGAGGGUGUGAGGGAUGUCCUACAAAAGUACCGAUCUGGUAAAUUACCCAAGGCUUUCAAAAUGGUACCCCAUCUACAGAACUGGGAACAAAUAUUGUACAUAACUGAACCUACUACAUGGUCAGCAGCAGCUAUGUAUCAGGCAACAAGGAUAUUUGCAUCAAACUUAAAGGAGAAAAUGGCACAGCGUUUUUACAACUUAGUUCUUUUACCCCGUGUAAGAGAUGAUCUGGCAGAGUACAAGAGGCUGAACUUUCAUUUAUAUCAAGCUCUCCGGAAAGCCUUAUUUAAGCCUGGUGCAUUCAUGAAGGGCAUAUUGUUGCCCCUUUUGGAGUCUGGAGACUGCACCUUACGUGAAGCUAUAAUUGUGGGAUCCGUCCUGGCCAGAAACUCAGUCCCAGUGCUUCACUCCAGCGCAGCAAUGUUGAAGAUUGCAGAAAUGGAUUACACAGGAGCUAACUCCAUAUUUUUACGCAUUCUUUUUGAUAAAAAGUAUGCUCUGCCCUAUAGAGUUGUUGAUUCAGUAGUAUUCCAUUUCUUAAGGUUUCAGAUGGAUCCUCGCAAUUUGCCAGUUCUUUGGCAUCAAGCCCUUCUGACAUUCGUUCAGCGUUAUAAAGCAGAUAUAUCUACAGAACAACGAGAUGCUCUCCUCGAGUUGUUGCGGAAGCAGUCUCAUCCAACUAUCACGCCAGAGAUUCGAAGGGAACUACAAGCAGCUAAGUGCAGAGAUAUUGAAAUAAAUGAAUCCUUACCUAGUAAUAUGAAUGUAGAAUAAGUUAUAUCUAUUAAAAUUUGUAAAUAAAAAACUUGACUUGUC